GGACGACCUGCGCGAGGCAGGGUUUAGCAAAACCCCGGACGCCAGGCUGCUGGUGCCGAUUGGGGUGCGCGGCCGCGUGGUAACGUGGAUCGACAGCAAGGCCAGCUUCGGGGACGACUACAUGCACCGCCAGCAGGCGGGCGAGCAGUUCCAGGGGUACGUCAACCGCUUUGGCCCCGGCCUGGUCAUCUACUGGUUCGGCUUCAUCGACGAGCUUCAAGACGAGCCGUCGGAUGUCCGUUUCUCCCAUCCGGACAGCUCAACCCUCCGUCCGGACGCUCAGAACGGCGACUCGGACGCCGGAGCCCGCUCUUCGGACGCCGGAAUCCGCCAGUCGGACGCCGACACCCGCCAUCCGGACGGCCAACCGCACCCGGACGUCCUGUUGAUGGACCGCUUCCCCGACGUAGCGGAAAUCGUUCAACUGCCGCAACUGUCCGUUAACCCGCGCCCUUAGAAGGGAAAGCGCCGGUUGCUGGGGGAAAGGCAGAAGGUCACAUUCGGGGAAGCCAUUUCCAGGGUCUGUUAACCGUGUCUGCUCCACAGCCCGACUCGUUGGGCCGGACUGACCAAACCCGCAGAAAGGAGGAGCUAACUUCCUGAGCUUCGAAAGGGACCUUCCGGCUUGAAGCCUUAAGCCGAAGGGGUGGCAUCCCUGCUUGGAGGUUUUGAUAACGGGUUUCGCUUCGGACGCGUUUUUGAGCGGAAUCAGUCUAGAGGGGAACUGUGCCAGAGCGGAAAUAGGCUGCUGCGGAAGAUGGGGUCGAAGGCGGCGGUUCUGUGGACAGGGGGGAAGGACUGCUGCCUGGCGCUGCACGAGGCGCACUCCCUGGGUUAUUUCGUAACCGCCCUGGUUACGUUCGUCCCCGAAGUCAACCCCGGGUUCCUCGCCCACCCCCUCCCCCUUAUGGCCCUCCAAGCAGAAGCUUUGGAUUUGCCCCAUCUGCAAAUAGUCAUAGGCGUUCCGUACAAAGAGAGUUAUAUCAAAGCGAUAACAGAUUUGGGUUCGCAGCACGGCAUCGAGACGCUAGUCACGGGCGACAUCGAUCUCAUCAACGGGGCGCCCAAUUGGAUCAGAGAGUGCGCGGAGGGCACUGGCGUCGGCGUGCUUACGCCGCUGUGGCAGCUGCCACGUGGCGUGAUCCUGGACAAGAUGCUGACGUCAGGUUUGGACGUCCGGAUGACGUGCGUCAAAAUGCCGCUCUUGGGAGUUGAGUGGUUAGGUAGGAAACUAGACAGGGCAGCUGUGGACGAGUUGAUAGAACUAGAACGGGGAGGCGUUGUCGAUGCCUGCGGAGAGAAUGGGGAGUUUCAUACGAUGGUUGUGGACGCGCCCUUAUUCUUGAAGCGAAUAGUCGUCGAAGGAUUUUCCGUCGGAAGACUCAGUAUGGUGUCGAUCCGACCUGCGAACUGA